UAUUUUGCAAUGAAUGUGAAAUUAAUGACACAAUGCUACAAUCCCUCAAGAGUGUUGGAUGUUUUUCUCUUUUAUCCAUUGUAUGUAAACAAUACGAUGUGCUCAUACGCAACCACGUAUGUGAGAACCACAAAAGGAGAACAAUUCGCUUAUUUAUGGAAUCCUUGUCCGAUAAAGACUCUACAUUUUUUUUUGCAAGGGCUUAUCUGUUAACGACAGAAAAUCCCUAGCCAACUAUAUCUAUUCGCUAAAAUUUGUAUAGCCGUCAUCUGUCGAAAAAAAAACAACAUUUUAAAGAGAUUAUACAAAAGAUGGAGUCGUUAUGGUCUGGCUAUCAAGCAUUAAGCUGUAACUCAGAAGAUCUAUACUCUCAACCACAUCAAUUCUUUAAAUGGCUUUUUUACCUUCAGCAAAAAAAUAAGUGAAAAGGUGUACAUGAUGGAAGAAAAACCAGUCACUGUUGCCUCCAAGUCCUACAUUUAUAGGAAGUUAAAAGAACUAACCAUUAAUUCAAAUGUUCCACUUAUCCUUGGGCGGAAAUUAUCCAAAGUCAAGCCUCAUUUACUUGCUCUGGAAACGUUUGUCACAAGUGUCAAGUCAAGAAUUGCUGAUGGAACAUUCACGUCUGAAAAAUAUACGGAUAAGCAUGGCUACCGGUUUUUCACUCUAUUACCGAUCUAUUCAUUUGAAACAAAGUCAGUCCAAAUAAUAGAUGCCACAGCUUUUUGGCGACUAAUUUCUACUACAAGCUUUUUGACUUUUUCAAACUGGGAUUUUGCUCUCGAAGAGAGUCUUUUACUAGGAAGAAAGCAGUUCGAGUAA